CUUUCGGACGCAGUUUACCAAAUAUGGCAUUAAAAUUUCGUUGUCUAGUCCUUUAGUGGCUGACAUUGUGGUCAAGGGUCAAACGUGUGGCCACGAGAGCCCGCGGGCGGCGGUGCUCCACUUUCCGCGGUUCGAUCGCUUGCUGUAAACACCGCAUGCAAUCGGAGCCACCCCGCCUCCAAGCGGAUUACUUAGCUACCGACUCUUAUAUAAACUUACUGUUUAUAUCUUUAUAUAAGUGAUUCACGUCUAUCAGUGCUCGGAAUACAAAUCGGACCUUUAUAGUGGUAUGGACCCUUGAGUUGGGUAACAUACUAACUAGGUGUGUAUAAUACAUACGAUUGCGCGAAUGUACUCCGUUUGUGUAUCUUUGACGAUUGACAUUCGGUCUACGUAAGACUACGUUUCUACAAGAGAUCUAGUAGAGCUCUACGGUAAAUAAAGAGAAAGCGUUUCUAGAUUACCAGUGCGAAUCGUGAAAAAAGGAUCCUUAUAGUUGGAUUCAAAGCGAACUUAGCGAACACAUAACAGCUAUACGCAUCUUUGUACAAUUGCAGUGGAGAAACAGCUAAACGUUCUAUUGCGGUGAAUAAUUAGCUAAAGAAAACGGGAUUUCUGUGUAAGCAGGUCUGUAAAGGAGUGUGGAGUCAAGUCUGGGCGCUUGUUGUGUUAAUUAUAAUGCUAUGAGUUAGGGAUUAGUCUCAUGAUUGAACCAUUUAGGUCAAACCUUUCAAUGCGCAUGCAUUACUCGCGCUCGUAGUAAUUAUUUUACGACAAAGAUUGAACGGCGUUGCAGUUAUUGCCAAGAAUGAAGAAGGCUGGCUCUAACUCAACAACAGUAUAGCCGUGUGUGCUUUGAGCUGGUGAUGGUGGUGUAUUCCAGACGCAGGAGCCUUGCUGCCCCAUGUCCUGACGGCCCGGCGUCGGCGAUCCUCGCGCGGCGGAGACAGAGAGGCGUGGGGGCGCUUGCGCGGGGCAUGUGAGCGCGCGGGCGCAGCCGCGGCAUGCCGGGCGGGCGCCGGGGGCUCGUGGCCCCGCAGAACACGUUCCUAGAGAACAUCAUCCGCCGCUCCUCCAGUCAGCCAGACAGCAGCUUUCUGCUGGCAAACGCGCAGAUCGUGGACUAUCCCAUCGUGUACUGCAACGAGACCUUCUGCAAGAUGAGCGGCUACAACCGCGCGGAGGUGAUGCAGAAAUCAUGUCGCUGCGCGUGGAUGUACGGCGAGCUGACGGAGAAGGAAGCGGUGGAGCGCGUGGACCGCGCGCUCGACCACCACCUGGCGGAUCAGUUCGAGAUACUGCUCUAUAAGAAGAACCGAACCCCACUAUGGCUGCUGGUGCACGUGGCGCCGAUCCGCAACGAGCGCGAGCUGGUGGUGCUGUUCUUGCUUACCUUCCGCGACAUCACGGCCCUCAAGCAGCCCAUCGACCAGGACGACCCCAAGGGAGCGGGGCUGUCAAAAUUUGCGAAGCUGGCGCGCUCCGUGACGCGCUCGCGCUCCGUGCUGGUGUCCGCGCUGCCGGCCCUGAAGGAGCCGCAGCGGCAGAGCCACCUCGCGCAUGUCAGUACACAACCCCACCAUGUGAUGUCGCUAUCCGGUGACGUGCUGCCGCAGUACCGGCAGGAGGCGCCCAAGACCCCUCCGCACAUCCUGCUGCACUACUGCGCCUUCAAGGCCAUCUGGGACUGGAUCAUCCUCUGCCUCACCUUCUACACCGCAAUCAUGGUCCCAUACAACGUAGCCUUCAAGAACAAAACCUCCGAAGAUGUCUCCUUAUUGGUUAUCGACUCCAUCGUCGACGUCGUCUUCUUCAUCGACAUCGUGCUCAACUUCCACACCACGUUCGUCGGCGCCGGCGGAGAGGUCGUCAGCGACCCCAAGGUCAUCCGCAAGAACUACUUCAAGUCGUGGUUCCUGAUAGACCUGCUGUCGUGCCUGCCGUACGACGUGUUCAACGCGUUCGACCACGACGAGGACGGCAUCGGCAGCCUGUUCUCGGCGCUGAAGGUGGUGCGGCUGCUGCGGCUCGGGCGCGUGGUGCGCAAGCUGGACCGCUACCUGGAGUACGGCGCGGCCAUGCUGAUCCUGCUGCUGUGUUUCUACAUGCUGGUGGCGCACUGGCUGGCGUGCGUGUGGUACAGCAUCGGGCGCUCGGAUGCCGACUCGGGCCUGCAGUACUCGUGGUUGUGGAAGCUGGCCAACGUGACGCAAACGCCGUACUCCUACGUGUGGUCCAACGAGUCGGACGGGCCCGAGCUGGUGAACGGGCCCUCGCGCAAGACCAUGUACGUGACGGCGCUCUACUUCACCAUGACCUGCAUGACCUCCGUGGGCUUCGGCAACGUCGCCGCCGAGACCGAUAACGAGAAGAUCUUCACCAUCUGCAUGAUGAUUGUAGCAGGUGCCGGACUCUUCUGUUAUUAGCCGGAGCACUGUCCCGUCCCCCGCGCGACCCCCGCGCAGCACACUCUGCGACGGGCGCCGCGCCCUUCCCGCCCCUCCGCCUUCACCGCCACUCCACUCCUUACAUAGAGCCGGACCAAGCUAACUCUGAAUGGGCUUUGCAAUGACAAUGUGGAAGUUUCAUCAUAAAAGUCCAAUGUCUAUGAACAUAUGACGUUUAUUAUGAUACUUCCACACUUUAUUCUGUCAAAGUCGGUACAGAGGUAGCUUAACCGGAUUCUAUAAACAUUUCAAUAAUUUACUUACCUACACGAUUAAUCACUUAUCUGUUUUUUGUGUUUCCGUAUAAUUUGUUUAUCGAUAUGCUAGCCGUUUUGUUUGUUUUCCAGUCGCACAGUGUGUGUGGUGUGUCGAGCACCGCUAGCAGCCGCGUCGCUCGGUGUACGUAUUUCAUUUCAUUUGUUUGUGUUGAUUUAAUGUCGUCGCGUCGUUUGUUUGUUCGUUUGAGUUGUCCCCGUGUGCCGUCCCCUCCCGUCCUUGUGCAGGCCCACGAAGCGUCUAACGCGUCACCUGUGUGGUCGGAGCGCCCGUGUGCCCUCGCCGCGCCCGCUCGAGCCUAGCCGGAUCGAGACUAAGUAUACUGGCCGACCCCGUCGCCUCCAUCGCCCUUCGCUAAUACUUGACUAAACGGAGGAGGGCGAAACAUUAACAUUUUCUAAAUUAAACUGCAUGCAAUAGUUCUCGUAGCAAAUGUUCAUGCUUAUCGUUGUCUGUUUGAUCGAUGUAAGAGGACGGCGAUGGCUCGCGAGCACUAGGAACACCGGGGCCGGCCGGCGACGGCGGGCGCGGCGGCGGCGCGGCAGCGGACGCGAGGUAACGCGUCGGUCGCGGGCCGCGCGCGCCGCCAGCGGUGCGUGCGGGCCCUACGCGGUAACAAGCGAGAGAGCAGGCACUGAGCCGAGG